CCCGACACUCUACCUACGACGAAUAGAAACAACGUAAAUCACAAUCAACAUCUUUAAAGACUUAAUUAAUGAGAAGUAACCAAACAUAAAAUGUAGGAAGCAAUACAGCAAUACAGUUGUCGGAAGUAAGAUACUCGGAAGUCAUCAGAGUGAAAGCAGUUGAAUUGAGUGCCGGUAGUUUCUGUGAUAUCUACAGUUGGUACCAUCCGUAUCAAUCUGCGAUGGCGACGUAUAUUGCGGGGAGUUUGACCAGUUACUUCCGGGUUCAUGAGUACCGUUCGUUGACGGUGCUUGUGAUUUUAGUCGUCUUUUCUCAGAUGCUCACAGCUAUAUCAGGUGAUGCAGUACAUCUAACGAUGGUCACACCCACACCCUAUGGAGCGGGGAGGAGUCAAGUCACUUUGAGCUGUUUCCGUAGCAGCCCUGAUACUAAUGUUGAUCUGAGCUUUGGUAGACCCUUCAUGAUUGGUAUCCCAGGAUCCUCAAUUCAGUCAGCUACUACCCUUCCUGAUGGUUCUUUUACCUACUCGACUACAACACCAUCUGCUGUAACACGGCUACUGCCUGACAGUGUUGAUUCUACUGGGUUGUUUUACUGCGAGGGAUCCAAUUCAGGAAUGACAACCAGGGUGUACAGCAUUAUCCACUCUGAUACCAGAAGGUUUGAACCAGUUGAUGGAUUGGUGACAAAGACGGUCAACAAAGGAGAAUAUGUGACUAUGUCAGUCAGCUCAGUUAAUAGCCUUGGUACUGGUCCUGUAUGGCGUCAGAUUAGAAAUGGAAUUGUUGAUGAUUUGAACAGUGUAUCUGGUCAGAACACACUUACAAUAACAUUAUCCUCUGUGGAUGUAAUGGAUGGUGAUUUGUAUGCUGUGAUACAGUCAGGUGUGUCAGUCAUGGAUAAUCAUUUUGGAAUGAUCAGACUUAUAGUCAGAGGUUGCUCUGCUGGUCAAUGGGGUCCUCCUGCCUGUACUGGGAUAUGUAAUCAAUGCUACAAUGGAGGAGUAUGUGAUGAUGAGACAGGACAAUGCAUCUGUGCACCAGGAUUCAGCGGACCAAACUGCCUCACUGCUUGUGGUAUGCAUAGAUUCGGCUGGGCGUGUGAGUUUCAAUGUGGAUCUGAUCCUAUCUAUAGCUGCACAGGGAGUCAGUUUGGUUUACCAGAUCCCUAUGGAUCCAGCUGCAUCUCUGGAUAUUCAGGCAGAGCCUGUGAUACAGGAAUCAGUCUUUGA